AUGGGCAUCACCGGCCUUCACCCCACGAUCACGGUCAACGGAUACAUAUGGCUGCACCGGGGCGUCUACAACUGCUCGGUCGAGCUCGCGACGGGGAAGGAGACACAGAAAUACAUCGACUACUUCAUGCACUGCGUGCGGAUGCUGAGGCAUAACGGCGUUGAGCCGUACAUUGUAUUCGACGGAGGGCCACUUCCGGCAAAGAAGGGGACGGAGAAUGAGCGUGGGCAGAAGUGGGAGGAGAGCCUGGCGCGCGCCAACAUGCUCGCCGCGCAGGGCAAGCACUCGCAGGCGAGGGACCAGGUCAUCAAGGCACUCCGCAUCGAGAACGUCAAGUACGUCGUCGCGCCCUACGAGGCCGACGCCCAGCUGGCCUUCCUUGAGCGCACCGGCGCUGUGCACGCCAUCCUCACCGAGGACUCCGACCUCCUUGUUUUUGGCUGCAAGAACAUCCUCUUCAAGCUUGACCACGCUCAGUGCACCGUCGUCUCCAUCUCCCGCUCCGACUUUGCGUCCGUCACCGCGUGCAACGGCGUGUCCCUCGUCGGCUGGACGGACGCGCAGUUCCGCACCAUGGCGAUCCUGAGCGGCUGCGACUACCUGCCCAGCAUACCCGGCAUCGGGCUGAAGACGGCAGGGGUGUAUGUGCGAAGACACAAGACGGCGGAACAGUGCGUGAAGGUGAUCGCGCGGGAGGGGAAGAAGAGGAUUCCAAUGGGCUAUGUAUCCCGGUUCAAGCUGGCGGAGCAGUGCUUCCUGCACCAGCGCGUGUACGACCCAGCUCGCGACGAAUUGAUUCACUUAACGGACAUCGGGGACAACUGGACGGAGGAAGCAGACUCAUACGUCGGGCUGUGA